AUGGCUAUCACGGCCCUUGCAAAGAGUUGGCGAGAGCUAGCCCAGACGUGCAUUGACAUCCAGAAGAAGUCUAUUCCGAAGGAUUACGAGCUGCCGCAAAGUCAACUGCCGCCCAAAGAUCGCCGAAAUGUUCAAAAUGUUCCCUAUGAGGCAGGAAUCCUCACGCCCGAGGAGCUGGAAAUGACGGAACAAGAUGCAGCGGGUUUGCUGGAAAAGUACAGAUCUGGCCAAUGGAGUGCUAUUGGCAGACUUUUGGUGCACAUGCUGAUGAUUCGACGCUUGAAGACCAACUUCGCUACAGAGAUUCUCGCUGAAUCCGCUUUGCAGAAGGCCGAUGAGCUCGAUGCUCACUAUCGAGAGACCGGUCAGUUGGCAGGGCCGCUGCAUGGUGUUCCGAUCUCAGUGAAGGAGCACAUCGGUAUGGGUGGUCGAAUUACCCAUGCCGGUUUUGUGGCGAAGAUCUCGAACAUCCCGUCCGAAGACGCGCUUUCAAUCCGCAUUCUGAAGCAGGCAGGCGCAGUGAUUCACGUUCGAACAAAUCAGCCUCAGUCUCUGAUGCAUCUGGACUGCAAUAACAACAUCACUGGGCUCACUUUGAACCCCCAUAACGUCCUUCUUUCUCCCGGCGGCUCUUCAGGAGGUGAAGGCGUUUCCAUUGGCGCAAAAUGCUCUGUUAUGGGCGUAGGCACCGACAUUGGUGGCAGCAUUAGAAUUCCGGCCGCUUUCAAUGGCUGUUACGGACUCCGCCCGACGGCUUUGAGAGUUCCUUGUCUUGGAAACUUUGGUAUCACCUUUGGUCAAGAAAGCAUUCGUGGGGUUGCGGGUCCACUGGGACAGAGCGUGGAUGACCUGGACAGGUUCAUGAGUGCCAUGCUGGGAGCAGAACCGUGGCAAACAGAAACUUCAUUGGUACCUUUGCCUUGGCGGCAAGUAGCGCUGAAAAAGGACAUUAAUAUUGGUGUCAUGUUUGAUGACGGGUGA